UGCCUGCCUCAGAUUUAUUGCCCGUGACUAGGCCCUACCUCAGCCAUUAAAACCAAAAGCGGUCGGAGUUUCCCCAGCACAUUCAGCAUGCUGCGGGCUAGCUCCUUAACCCUCUCAGGGCACAUUAAGCUCUGCUUCCUGACCUUAGCUGUCUUUAUGAUCCUGGCUCACACUUCCCCAGAGGGAUGGCUCAAAACGUGCUUUUAUGGACUGGGCAAAUGCAGACGUGAAUGCCGGUCAAAUGAGAAGAAGAAAGAGAUAUGUGGGGAUUCCACGAUUUGCUGUCUUCACAUAUCAAAGUCAAAACUAUCCAACAUACCUCUGAGCAACACACGGAAAAAGAAUGAAGAUACAGGCUUGGGCCUGGUUAGUACUCGAAUGGCGGAGUGA